GUAAGUCUUCUGCAGUAACAACCAACCUGCGACGACAAUGGCAAAACUUUUCUUCUAUACAAACUCCUUUCUCAUCCUCUUGCUCUCAGAGAUUGUCCAAACCGCGCCGCAGCAAUACUGCAAACCUAUCCCAGGCUCUACAGACUGGCCAUCCCCUUCUACAUGGCAAGCCCUAAACACAUCCGUCUCAGGCCGCCUCAUUGCGCCUGUUCCCCCAGGCCUGGUGUGCCAGACAAACAGCUCGGUUCACAGCGCCACAGCUUGCACACAGCUCUUGAAUGAAUGGGGCAAUUCGUCAUUUCACGCUGACGAUCCAUUCACCGUCGACUAUAACGACGAGUCGUGUCUUCCAUACCCGCGGGCACCUUGCUCUCCAGAGCCUCUGCCUGCGUACGUGGUUAAUGCAACCGGUGCGGCAGACGUUCAGGCAGCCGUUUCGUUCGCCUCCAAGACAGGCGUGAGACUAAUAGUCAAGGCGACCGGACAUGACUUUCUAGGACGAUCAUCCGGUCGUGGGACCCUCUCAAUAUACAUGCAUAAUAUUAGAGGCGUUAAUAUCGCUAUAGGCGACCCCCUCGCAAAACGCUACGGAGGUAUCGCGUCCGUCAAGAUCGCCGCAGGAAUGCGCUUCAGAGAGAUUUACAGCGCCGUCUCCGCGUACAACUUAACUAUUGUCGGCGGAUCCGAUCCAGAUGUCGGGAUUGGAGGUUGGACGAUGGGAGCUGGCCACUCCCCGAUCAGUAGCGUGUACGGCCUCGGGGCAGACCAAGUGCUCGAAAUGGACGUCGUGACCGCGAACGGGACGCGCUUAACUGUUAACGAGGAUUCCUAUCCGGACUUAUUCUGGGCAAUAAGAGGCGGCGGUGGUUCGACCUUCGCAGUCCUCCUCUCCGUCACCGUGCGAGCGUAUCCUUCCCUUCCAGGGACGAUUUACACCUUCAGCUAUAACACGACCGCUAACACCGACACGUUUUGGUCACUGGUGGCCUAUUUCCAUAAUCAACUGCCCGACCUCUCCGACGCCGGCGUUAUGGGCUACUACUAUAUAGAGCCCGAUAAUAGCGCUACGCAGCCCGACCCUCGACAAGGCACGAUCUAUGGGUUAUGGUUCGUUGCGAAUAAAACCGUGGCGCAGACACGACAGAUCUUAGCACCCUUUGAGUAUAACCUCACGAGCAAUAUAUUUAAUUGGACCGAUCCAAUCCUGACGAGCAAUGACGCCUUUUACGUCCCAGACUUCAUCAAAGCCUGGCUGGCCCUCAACCCACCUCAAUCAGUCGGCACUGACGUCCGUCUCGGCUCUCGGCUCCUCGACCGUAAAGCCCUUAAGUCUAACCCGAUAACCCUGAAAAGACUGCUGCAGCAGUCGAGCGCCGCGAAUCCGCAGUCCACGACUCUUGGUAACCUUAUCGCCGGUCAGGGCGUUAAGAACGUCAGAAAUGGCAUCCCGGGCGGAGGUAACGCCGUCCUCCCUGCCUGGCGCCACGACGUCUACACGCACUUAAUCCUCCCACGGAUGUGGCCCUACCUCAACGAAACCGCUAAACUUGCAACGACGACGUACCUAAGAGACGUUGAGACGCAGGCCCUACGAGACCUCGCGCCCGAUACAGGGGCGUACGUCAACGAAGCGGACCCGACGGAGCCGGACUGGCAAAAGACGUUCUGGGGCGACAAUUACCUGAGACUGCUGUCGUUAAAGAGACAGUGGGAUCCGAAGGGUGUGUUCUGGUGCAUUCCUUGUGUGGGACACGCGGACGGGUGGACCGUGAAGAGUGAUCUGGGUGUGGAGGGCGCAAUCGGCCAGAAUGAAGGCAGAAUUUGCAAGACUACAUAGGAGGCGGUACUCGCGGCGAUUGAGUCGUCAAUGAUGGCAAUCUGGCCGUAGAUCCUCGUUCGAUGAAUGAUUGACAGGUCUUCACACACAGGUGUAGUCUCCUCUGGCCUCUAAAUAUACAGCUCUAUAACCCCG